GAGUGAGAGCUCUUCUUUUCCCCCCUCAUCUCGGAUAUCGUGAAACAACCUCUAGCUUCUGCUCCACAACACCAUUAGCUAUCACUGAUGGUCGAUCCAUUUAUUGACCACAUGACUUUAACGUUGCCGCAACCAGCAGCGACACGUUGAUGCUCCGAGUUGAACCCGUAUCUCUUCUGUGAGGUACCUGAGAGAAAAAGAAACCUCUUCUGGCAGCUUGCACAGUAUGGCCCCCCACCCAGUGGUCCAGGCCAUCAUCGACCUCUCUGCAGGAGCCAUAGGGGGAGCUGCAUGUGUCUUCAGUGGGCAGCCUCUGGACACAGCAAAGGUCAAGAUGCAGACCUUUCCCUUGCUGUACCGGGGUUUCAUCCACUGUGUGGUGUCCACCUACAGACAAGUGGGUCUGCGUGGUCUGUACCAGGGCACCACGCCGGCACUGAUGGCCAACAUUGCUGAGAACUCUGUGCUCUUCAUGAGCUACGGCUUCUGCCAGCAGGUCAUCCGCUUUGCGGCUGGACUGCACAGUGAAGCUGUGCUAAGUGACGUGCAGAAAGCCUGUGCUGGCUCAGUAGCGUCGAUCUUCUCCUCGCUAGUUCUCUGCCCCACUGAGCUUGUCAAGUGUCGGCUGCAAGCCAUGUAUGAGAUGGAAACGUCAGGAAGGAUAGCGAAGAGCCAGAACACAGUGUGGUCGGUGGUGAAAUCCAUCAUGAGGAAUGAGGGACCGCAGGGCUUCUUCCAGGGCCUGACCACCACCAUAGCCAGAGAAGUCCCUGGUUAUUUCUGCUUCUUCGGUGCCUACGAGCUCUGCCGCACCACCUUUGCGGACUACAUGAAAUGUGACAAAGACGACAUAGGUGUGGCGCCCAUCGUGUUCAGCGGAGGUUUUGGGGGUGCGUGCCUGUGGCUGAUGGUCUAUCCUAUGGACUGUGUCAAGUCUCGGAUCCAGGUCAUGUCUAUGAUGGGCAAACAGGCAGGGUUCUUCAGAACCUUCAUGAACAUCGCUCAGACUGAAGGUGUGAGGGCACUCUACUCUGGACUCACCCCCACCAUGGUGCGCACCUUCCCUGCCAACGGAGCGCUCUUCCUGGGUUACGAGGCCAGCAGGAAGCUGAUGAUGAAGCAGUUUGACUGACAAAAUAUGCACAACUCAAGUGAAGGAGCCGUGAACUGGAAGUAUUACAGCCAUAUAACCUUAUCCGAGCUUCAGUUGAAGCUUUGAAGCUCAUUAUGUUUGGGAUGUGGUGUUUUCUGCAUUUGUUAACCCGCCCUAACAUCUGGAACACUCCAUCUCCUACACCUUUAACACAGUAUUUACAUUGUUGAACUCCUACUAUUAAUUUAUUUUUUAGAUUGAAAUAGUAUUUGUUUUUAGCACUCCAAAAAUAAUACUGCCAACAUAAAACAUGCACAUAUGUGUGUGGCACACUAUUGAGCAAUCUCAAGCAGCUUCUUUAUGAGGAACGUGUCAUCACUCCAGAUUAUUGUUUUAUGUCUACCUCAACAAAGUCGUGUCCUCACAGAAACACUGUGCCGGUCAUGUGGGCUCAUUCUGUGCUUGCUCUGUAUACACGGGCAAGAAAAGCGCUCCAUUGCAUCAUGAGCUUACCUUUGAUGCACAAAAUCAUGAAACCUUACUUUAACUCAUUGCAUGAAGAUUUUAUGUGUGAAUUGACCGAUUUUUUUUUUUUUUUUUUAAACUGCCUAAAAAGUGUUGACGUGAUGACUUGAAUUAUGGAAUCGUUCCCAGCUAAAUAUGUAUCUCGGUUUUGAUCAUAUCUCAUUUUACUUAGAGUAAAAAAAAAAGAAAAAUCAAACAGUCUACUUUCAUGGAGCAGCUUUACACUUCAGUAAUCCUUGACUGAAGUCUUAGAGGUUUCAUCAGCCUUGAGAGAAACGUCACAACACAACCAGCAGGUGUUUUAACCCUAACUGUCCAUCGUAUCAACAUGUUGUUUUCUGCUCCUGUUGUGAUUUCACUCCUGAAGUUUUCAUUUUUAUAUUAUUUGCCUUUCAAAUCACUACAUUUUGCCUUUUCUCUUGUGUAAAUUUUAUUGUUAGGACGAUGAAAAAUAUCAGCUGCCCUCUCUUAUGUGCCAUUCGCGUGCUGUAUUCUGUGUGCAGGUUUUACUCCCCCCCGCAGUGCUUAUUGAUCAGAAAUUCAGAAUUCUCAGUCAUAUUCCUUUAAUGUUAAAUGAGAAUUGUAGAUAUUUUGCAAAGCUAACAAUUGUAGAUGACACUGAAACAUUUGUAUAGAUAUCAAUCUGGAUACUGAGCGUACAGCCCACAUUAAAGUCACUGAAGAGUAA